AAAAAUUGAAAAAGGAGGCUUUGUUUCAUAUUUUAUUUUCAAAAAUUGUUUUGUAAACAGUUUUUAGAGAGAUGUCUUCUCCAUCGCCUGCGUCCGCCUACGGGAGGGAAAGAGAGGACAAAGAUUCUCUCUUUUCUUCAGAAACGUCUGAAGAGAAACAGGUGCAAAUCGCUGAAGAAGUACACGAGGAAGAAGUCGAGGAAGUACUAUACUCAGAUGAAGACAUAGCCAAGUUAGUCCAAUUCGUGAAAGAUAUCACAACCCUAGGUGAACUGAAAGCGAGUGAUUGGGGUGAAAAACAAGAGAAGGCUAUCGAACGAUGGUUUUACGAAACUCACAUGCCUCUGUUGACUGUUUACUACCACAAGGGUGAACUGAUCUGUGACAUCGGUGUUCCACUCAACGUGGUAGCUGAACUGACAUAUUUUCUCAGAGAACAACCAGGAAUAAGGUUUGAAGUUGACACCUUCCAUGAUGAAAUCAUAUUUGGGACGAUCGACCAUAACAUAGAAGGAUUCAUACUAAACAACAUCAGGGAUAUUUAUGGACCUUUAUUGCUAUUACAGGAUAACUGGCCUGAUAGCGUGAAAAAUGAGUUCACUAGCAAUUUGCAGAUGUUUUUAGCGCGCGUAACCGACCUUCAUUACAAACUGUACGGACUGACAGUGCUGUACAUACCAAAAGAGGUACUGAAAAUUCCCCUGGAAGAAGCCACUACGGAUAAAGAGCUAAUCAAGCGAUUAGAAUCUAUAAUGGUGUACUGGACCAAACAAGUUAGAGUCGGUUUGCAAGAUCAAGACCAAAGCACUCCCGAAGAUCAGUUGUUCUUGGACAAUGAAUUUGAGUUUUGGAAAAAUAGACAUGAGAACUUAUUGGGAUUGCAUCAUCAACUGGAAAACGAUGGCAUAAAAUAUAUUUGCAACAUCCUCACUGCCGUCCAGUCGACGUAUGUUAGGCAGUUUCGCUCACUAAAUGAUGAAAUCGUUAGAAAUAUAGCGGAGUCUCAUUCGAAUAUCGAGUAUUUAAACCUUUUGCUUAAGCCCAGUCAGGACUUGGGAGAAAUAAUAGACCCCAAGGAAAUGCCUGAUCUGGUUCCAAAUAUACUGCACCUCAUUAGGUUUAUUUGGCUUAACAGCCCACAUUAUAACACCAACGAAAAAAUCACCCUGCUUUGUAGAGCGUUAAGUAAUCAGAUAAUUAUGCAGUGCAAAGACUACAUUAACCUUGAUGUAGUCUUUUUUGAGAAGAAAACAAGAAAAGCAAUCGCCAUGUUUGAGACUUGUAUUGAAUGCAUGACUAAAUACAUCAGACAUUAUGUCUUGGUUGCAGAAGGACAUAAUGUAUAUGGCAACAGUCCAUGGGAUCUCGACAAAGCCCCGAUCUUCAACAGCGUCGAUGGUUUCGUACAAAGAUGCAAAGAUAUGAUAGAAGUUUGCGAAGCAAUGGUCGUUUUCGGGAGGCACGAUGAAACUGAAAAUAUAGAAAAGCCGCUGUUCGGCACUUCGAAAGGAGUGCAGUUUGAAAACUGGGCAGAAAGAACCGAAAAAAUGUUCAAUGAUGCACUCGAGGAUGUUCACAAUGUCGAAUUCAGAAUUUUUGAUGUACAACUGGCAGAUUGGUAUGACGACAUCCUCAAAUUCAGGACCAGAAUGAAGGAUAUCGAAACCGUUGUAGAAAAUUUAACAAACGCAGUAUUCGAUAUGGUAGCCAAUGUUGAAGAAGGUAUCGAAAGUCUUGCAGCGCUACACAACUAUACAAAGAGGAAAACUAUGGUGACGCUGUUCGACGGAAAGACCUUAGAAGUUUAUAGAAUGUUCAGAGAGGAAAUCCUAGAUGCAAAACAAGAUAUGCAAGUGGAAUCUGAGAUGUACCCAACAUCAAUGCCUUAUUUCGCGGGAAGGGCGCAUAUGGCCAAUAUGAAGAAAAAUCGUUUACAACUUUUAAAGCAGAUGUUUGAUAAUGCUGGAUGGAUGAUGCCGUGCAGCAUAUCGAGAGAAGUAUUUGCACAGUACGAAAAACUCAUCAAGUCGAUAAACGAAACGAUUUUGGGACUGUACCGUAAAUGGGUUGACAGUAUCGGAGAGGAUGUACCGGCAAGGCUCAAUCGACCACUGAUGUGCAAGAGCGUAACCAAACCUGGGCUUUUGGAAGCUAAUAUUGAUAGGUCUUUGUUAGAAAUCUUCCACGAAGCAAAAUAUUGGGAAGCGCUCAAUUACGAGAUCCCGACGUACGUGAAAUCGGUUUACCAGAAAGCCGAUUCGAUAAAGUUUGUAUACGAAUGCGUACUGAACGUGGUGCUCGACUACAACAAAAUCAUAUCGUCGUUUUCUGAUGACGAGCGCCUGCUGUUCAAACCGCUCAUCUCUUCCGUAGAAAAGAAAAUAAUGCCAGGUUUAAAUAAACUCACUUGGAAUGCUGACGUUGGAGAUGAGUAUAUUGCCGAGUGCAGCAACAAUACGGCCGAGCUGCAAGCUUUUGUGGACGACUACAAAAGUUGCAAUCUCAGGAUAGUGUCAAUUUGUGAGAAGAUCUGCGACUCGCCGUUCUUCUACAUAAGACCGAACGUAGCUUUCGACAUCCACGACCUCGUUCGUGAAAUGGUCGUAUACAUUGACGAUACGCUGAUGAAACUCACCGAGUACUACCACGAGAUCAUAAAAUAUAUUAUUCUGGUGUUCGAGGGAUUCGAGCAUGUCAUGGGAACAAUGGCAAAUCAAUGGAUUAAAUAUAUAAACAAUUUUGACACAUUGAUGGAAGAGGCGUUGAAAAUAAACUGCAGGAACUCUUUGAAGUUCGUGUACGAGACUGUCCAUGGUGACGGCACAACAGAACCAAAUCCUUUGAUAAAGUUAGAAAUCUCUCUACAAGACAACAGGAUAAAGUUUAUACCAUCUUUAGUCGAAGUCGCCAUAGCGAUCACGAAUAUGCAUUUAGGACUCAUAGAAACCAUUAAAGGUUUGCCGAGAUUGAACGAUAAAUUCCACGUAGCCGAAACUCAUUUCAAAUCGUACAGUGAAAUUAUCGCUGAGGAUUCUCAGUGCCAGCAAUUGCAGGCUCUUUUGAAUACAGAAAUACGCGUCAACGUGGAAAAGAUCAAAGAGUACAUGAAGAUUUGGGAGCCAUUCAGAGACCUUUGGGAAGUGGACAAAGAUAAAUUCAUCGACAGAUACGAGCAAGAAGAUCCCAGCGCGGCACUGUUCGAUUCCAACAUCGCCAGAUAUACCGAGUUGGCCAAUAAUGCGCAAAUCCAAGAAACUGUUUCUACCGUGCACUUCACGCAGAUUAACUGUGCCGAUUUGAAGCAGGCAAUUAUCAAUCACUGCAUAGAUUGGCAGGAAAAGCUUUGCGCGCUUCUGUUCAAGAUGACAGAUGCUAAAUUGAAAGAGUUAUAUGAAUAUAUGCGGAUCAACGGGAAACAGAUAAUGCAAGAGCCACACGACCUGACUGAAAUGCAGUUUUCCAUCAAUCUAUUCGAUCAGCUCAAAUAUGAUAUACCAUACAGAGAAGAACAAUUUCCUCUAAUCAAAGAUAUGAUCCUAACUUUGGACAAAUAUCAGGUGCCUAUUUCUGAUGCCGUGAGGAAUAUGGAGAAGAACAUCCCGAAAGAAUGGGCUGCUUACCUUGAAGUGCUCGAACAAGCCGAUAAAAUGCUAGAAUACGCCAAGGACCGAUUCAAAACAGGCCUGUUGGAGCAAGCUGAUCAAUCUCGAUCUGAUGCCAAACAAUUGUUGGAUGAUUUCUUGAAACACGGCCCAUUCAAUUCCGAUUGGUCACCGACGAAGGGUCUGGAAUAUCUUCAGAUCAUGAAGGCUAAGCUUGCAGCCAUGAGAACUAGAGAAGAGGAGAUUAGAAACGACCUCGGAAUAUUCGGGCUCAGCUUUCCAGAGUCGCAGGAUCUGAAUAAGUUAGAAGCAGAACUAAGCUUAUUGGAGAUAGUUUGGAAACUAGCAGAGGAAUGGGAAAAAGCAUGGGAGAAAUACAAGUCUGGAGAAUUUUGGACCAUCGAGACAGCUGAAAUGGAAGAAACGGCACAAACUUUAUUCAGAAAGCUAACGAGACUAGCCAGAGAGCUUAAAGAUAAAGGAUGGACAAUUGUAGAAGAUACCAGGCAAAAAGUGGAUGCCUUUAGAAGGACUUUGCCAUUGCUUGGUGAUUUGAAGAACCCAGCAAUGCGACCCAGACACUGGAUCAAGGUCAAGGCAGCUGUUGGUGUAGACUUUGAUGAGAGUUCUCCGGAAUUUAAUCUGGACGCCAUAUAUUCGAUGGAGAUGCAUAAAUAUGCUGAAGAAAUCAACGAAAUAUCUAACGCAGCAACUAUGGAGUUACAGAUAGAGAAAGGUUUGGCAGCGAUUAAGGCUAACUGGGACAAAAUGAAGUUCGAAAUGAUAGCUUACAAGGAAAGGAACAUGUUUAGAAUCAAGAACGUGGACGACUGUUUUCAGGCUCUCGAGGAAAACAUGAUGCAGCUAUCGGUAAUGAAGAGUACAAAGUUCGUGGAGCCGUUUGCGAAGGAAGUAGAUCGUUGGGAAAGAACGUUAUCUUACAUAAUGGAAGCGCUGGAGACUGCUUUGAUGGUGCAGCGGCAAUGGCUGUAUUUGGAGAAUAUCUUCUUCGGCGAAGAUAUAAGGAAACAGCUGCCAAAAGAGACAGAAGAUUUUGAUGUUUUGACGGAAAACUGGCGUGACGUCACCACUAAACUUUACUUCGCCAAGACGGCACUGAAGGCCACGCAUUAUAAGCCUCCACCUUUUCUUCUUAACAAACUAAUAAAAAUGAACGAGAAGUUAGAAUUGAUGCAACGCGCAUUAGAAAGGUACCUUGAAACCAAGCGCCACGUCUUCCCUCGCUUCUACUUUGUCUCCAAUGAUGACAUGUUGGAGAUUCUGGGCAACUCAAAGAAGCCGGAGUUAGUUCAGCCGCAUCUGAAGAAGCUAUUCGACAACCUGAACAAGAUGAAGAUCCAGAAGAACGUGGGAGUGAACAAGCAAGAGUGUGUAGGCAUGUUCUCUGACGAUGGAGAAUAUAUGGAGUUCGAGAGGCCUUUCUUGCUUGAAGGACCAUCCGAGGCGUGGCUGAAAAAGCUGGAGGACCAUAUGAGGGCCGUGCUGAUUGAAAAAUUCAAACCGAUCAGGACUGAGCUGAAGAAGAUGCUGAACAAGAGGGAUAAAUGGUUGCUGUCCAAUUGCGGACAACUUUGUAAUGCCUGUAGUCUUAUACAAUGGACGACUGAUUGUACAAGAGCUCUUGUCCAUGCGAAGAUAAUGGAAAGCAAAAAGCCUUUAAAGAGGUUACGAAAAAAGCAGAAUCAGGUGUUGAGUAAGCUGUCCGAGCUCAGCAGAAAAGAUCUCACAAAGUUGCAACGGUUGAAAGCUAACGCUCUUAUCACCAUUGAAAUACAUUCUCGAGAUGUUAUUGAUCGAUUGUAUAAAGCUAAUUGUAGAGAUACCAAUGCAUUCGAGUGGUUUUCUCAACUCCGGUUUUACUGGGAUAGAGAUAUGGAUGAUUGCACCAUCAAGCAGACAAACACGAGUUUCAUGUAUGGUUACGAAUACAAUGGAAAUUCUGGAAGAUUAGUCAUCACCCCACUAACAGAUAGGUGCUAUAUAACCCUGACAACAGCUCUUCACCUAUAUCGAGGCGGCAGUCCCAAGGGUCCAGCAGGCACCGGCAAAACGGAGACUGUGAAAGACCUCGGCAAGGCAAUGGGCAUGUGGGUGAUCGUGAACAACUGUUCAGAGGGCUUGGACUACAAGAGUAUGGGUAAGUGCUUCUCCGGAUUGGCUCAGACUGGCGCUUGGGGAUGCUUCGAUGAAUUCAACAGGAUCAACAUCGAAGUGUUGUCCGUGGUGGCCCAGCAGAUCUUGUCGGUGCUGUCGGCUGUAUCGCAGAAGCUGGAAACGUUUGCAUUUGAAGGUACAACAAUAAAUCUGAAACUAACAGUUGGAAUAUUUAUUACAAUGAAUCCUGGUUACGCUGGACGUACUGAACUUCCGGACAAUUUGAAGUCAAUGUUUAGACCUAUUUCUAUGAUGGUACCUGAUAGUGGCAUUAUCGCUGAAAAUGUUCUGUUUAGUGACGGUUUUCAAAAUACAAAAUCUCUGGCUAAAAAGGUGUUCACCUUGUACCGGCUAGCAGUUCAACAAUUGAGCAAGCAAGAUCAUUAUGAUUUCGGCUUACGGUCGAUGGUCGCUCUUCUUAGAUACGCCGGAAGAAAGAGAAGACAAAUGCCUAACUUGCCAGAAGAGCAAGUAGUAUACUUGGCUAUGAGAGACAUGAAUAUCGCCAGGUUGACGUCGGACGAUCUUCCAUUGUUCAACGGAAUAAUGUCUGACAUCUUUCCUGGCGUCAUCGUACCUAUCGUUGAUUAUAUUGACAUGAAUGCUGCUAUUACUGAAUUUAUGGAAGAGACAAAUCUUCAGCCAAUUCCAAUAGCAGUCACCAAAGUGAUUCAACUGUACGAGACGAAAAGUUCGAGACACUCCGUUAUGAUAAUAGGCAAGACCUGCACCGCAAAAAGUGUAACGUGGAAAGCGUUACAGGGAGCAUGUGGCAAAUUGAAGGCCGCAAACAAAGCCGGUUUCAACAGAGUCGAAGUGUAUCCGAUGAAUCCGAAGGCGCUCAAUUUGGCCGAGUUGUACGGCGAGUACAACUUGAGUACCAACGAGUGGUUGGACGGUGUUAUCAGUGCGACCAUGAGGCAGACUUGUUCAGAUGAGUCUCCAGAUGAAAAGUGGAUUCUGUUCGACGGCCCAGUGGACGCCGUUUGGAUAGAGAACAUGAACAGCGUCAUGGAUGACAACAAAGUCCUCACCUUGAUCAAUUCAGACCGGAUUACGAUGCCUGAACAAGUUUCGUUACUGUUCGAAGUUGGAGACUUGGCUGUAGCCUCUCCGGCUACGGUCAGCCGAUGCGGAAUGGUGUACAACGACUAUAAAGAUUGGGGAUGGAAUCCAUACGUUACAUCAUGGAUCAAUAGACAUAAAAAGGCUAGGGGCGAGAAAUAUUGUAACAAGUAAACAACGUCGGAAAACAACAAAAGACUGCUUGUUUACUUCCACAACUUGACAGCAAAUUAGCCAAGCAGCAUAAAAUGAUGAACGAGUUGUUCUCGUACUAUUUAACACCAAUUUUAGAGUUUAAACGUUUGAACUGCGAAGAGAAUGUGGCGGCAGCAGAGCUAAACUUAGUAAUCUCGUUGUGCAAGCUGCUGGAUAUCUUCGCUAAGAAAGAGUUUGGAGUGAAUCCGGCAGAUGAUGAACAUUUCGAUGAUGCUGCUAAAAACUGGUUUUUAUUCUGUGCGAUCUGGUCAGUUUGCUGUACGACGAAUGAGGAUGGCCGAAGGAAGUUGGACGUAUACAUAAGAGAAAAGGAAGGCGUAUUUCCUAUCAAAGAUACAAUCUAUGAGUAUUAUGUAGAUUGGCAGAAUUACGUGUUCUCCAGCUGGGAAGAGAAACUGCCAUACGGAUGGAAAUAUGAGACUGGGUGCCCGUUUUAUAAAAUAAUAGUUCCCACGGUAGAUACUGUCAGGUACGAGUACUUAGUGCAAGCUUUGCUAGAUAAUGGUAACCCUGUACUUCUAACUGGUCCAGUGGGAACUGGCAAGACAUCUACUGCUCAAUCCGUAUUAACGAAGUUGGAUAGUAGUAGAUACACCGUCCUGAAUAUAAACAUGUCUGCACAAACUUCUUCCCAGAACAUGCAGGAUGCUAUAGAAGGAAGGGUAGAGAAACGAACCAAAGGUCACUAUGCUCCAGCUGGGGGGAAGAAAAUGAUAACAUUUUUGGAUGAUCUCAAUAUGCCAGCUAAAGAAACCUAUGGUUCUCAACCCCCUUUGGAAUUGCUCAGACAGUGGAUCGAUUACCAAUUUUGGUAUGACAGAUUGAAGCAAACCAGGGCAUACAUCGAGAAUAUGCACCUUUUGUGCUCAAUGGGUCCACCAGGAGGUGGUAGAAACGUCAUUACGGACCGCUUGCUUAGCCGCUUCAACCUCAUCAACAUGACCUUCCCCGAGGACGCCACCAUCAGCCGAAUAUUUUGGAACAUGUUGGGCCAGCACCUAUCGGACUUCGACGAAACUGUGAAGCUGGUCGGUAAAGAAGUAACGGAGACGACUAUCGAUCUGUACAAGAACGUUUGCGGCAAGAUGUUGCCGACGCCGAAGAAAAUACAUUAUUUGUUCAAUUUGAGAGACAUUUCCAAAGUCUUUCAAGGACUGCUAAGGAGCAAUAAGGAUUACCAUAACGAUAAGUCUUCAAUGUUGAAGCUGUGGAUCCAUGAGUGUUUCAGGGUGUUCUUUGAUAGACUGAUCGAAGAUAGCGAUCGCGAAUGGUUCUUCCUCCAAAUGAACGAGCAGCUUGGGAGACACUUUGAGCUGACUCUUCAUUCGCUGUGCCACAAAAACAAUAUACCGAUCUACGCCGACUUUGUGAACCCAUGGAAUGUUUACGAGGAGCAUAUAGACACUGUCGCGUUGAGAAGAUACUUGGAGCAACAGAUGGAAGAGUACAACGUCUCACCGGGUGUCGUCAGGAUGGACUUGGUGCUUUUCAAGGAUGCUAUUGCGCACAUAUGCAGGAUUGUUAGGGUAAUCUCGCAGGCGAGAGGCAACAUGCUGUUAGUGGGCAUAGGUGGAAGCGGUCGACAAUCUUUAGCCAGAGUUGGUGCUUACAUCUGCGAAUACAAUACGUUCCAAAUAUCGAUAACGAAGAACUACAAAGUAGCAGAAUUUAAAGAAGAUCUAAAAACGUUAUACGGUUUGACAGGCUGUGACGCGAAAGCCACGUCUUUUCUCUUUAACGACACUCAGAUCACCGACGAGAGCUUCUUGGAGAUCAUCAACAACAUGCUGAGUAGCGGAGAAGUAGCCAAUUUAUACAAGCCGGACGAAUUUGAAGACGUGAAAAACAAACUGGAUUCGGCAGCUGCGAAGGCCGGCAUCGUGCGUACCAAUGAGGCAAUGUACGAAUUCCUAAUAACACGAGCUAGGGCGAAUAUGCACAUAGUUCUGUGUAUGAGCCCUAUAGGAGACGCUUUUCGAAACAGACUUAGACAGUAUCCAGCUUUAGUCAAUUGCACCACUAUCGAUUGGUUCAGUGAUUGGCCCAAGGAAGCUCUACUCGAGGUCGCCAAUAAGUAUAUCAGUGACGUCAAUUUUGUGCAAACAAUCACCGGCACAGAGACGAAGAAAAGAAGAGAAUCUUUGGUUCUUUCUUCACAAGACAAGAUGAGAGAAAAUGUAUCUUUGGUUUUCGCAACUCUACAUGAUUCUGUCGCUCAAUGUUCUAAGAAAAUGUUGCUGGAGAUGAAGAGACAUAACUAUGUUACUCCAACGAAUUAUUUGGAGUUAGUAGCCGGUUAUAAAACCAUGCUAGCAAAGAAGAGAGAGGCCAUAUCGAGCCAAGCGAACAAACUUCGCAACGGCCUGUGGAAGAUCGACGAUUGCAAGCAAAAGGUGACCGUAAUGUCGAUCGAACUGGAAGACGCUCAAGUGAAAGUUGCCGAAUUUCAACGGCAGUGCGACGAGUACCUGGUGAUUAUCGUCGCUCAGAGAAAGGAAGCCGAUGAACAGCAGAAAGAGGUGACCGUUAAGAGUAUCAAGAUUGGCGAAGAAGAGGUACAAUGCAAAAGAAUGGCGGACAUUGCCCAGGCUGAUUUGGAAGAGGCGAUGCCUGCGUUGGAAGAAGCGAUCAAGGCUUUGGAUUCGUUGAGUAAGAAGGAUAUCAGCGAGAUGAAAUCUUAUACUACGCCACCGCAGAAGGUGAAAAUGGUGAUGGAGGCUGUCAAUAUUCUCAAAGGGAUCGAUCCCAGUUGGGACUCUGCGAAAAAACUGCUAGGCGAAAUGAACUUCCUGAAAGAUCUGAAAGAGUUUGACAAGAAUCAUAUAUCUGAGAAGACAUUGAAAAAGAUUGCCGGGUACACUACAAGCGAGGAGUUUAUUCCCGAUAAAGUGGGAAUGGUAUCACUUGCAGCAAAGUCUCUCUGUCUGUGGGUCAUCGCUAUAGAGAAAUACGCCAAAGUCUGGAAGAUUGUAGGACCUAAACAAGCUAAGUUGGAUGAAGCAUUAGAAAGCCUGAGGGAAAAGCAACUGAUGUUGGCUGAAGCUAAGGCUAAGCUGGAAGAAUUGAAUAUGUAUCUACAGAAAUUACAAAAAGAGUAUGAAGAAAAGCUAACUCAGAAAGAAGAACUUAAUAGGAAGGCCGAAUUGUUGAAGCUGAAACUGGAAAGAGCAGCAGCACUGGUGGAAUGCCUCUCCGGCGAAAGAGAUCGUUGGGAAGAGUCUGUCGCCACUUUGGAUAAGCAAUUUGAUUACCUUCCAGGCGAUUGCCUACUCGCUACAGCUUUUGUGUCUUAUAUGGGGCCAUUUGUGUCCAACUACAGGGAAGAGUUGAUGAAAAUGUGGCAAGCGGAAUGUUUAGAGUUGGAGAUACUAGUGUCUAGCGAUUUUAACGUAAUAAAUUUCCUCUCCGAUCCGACUACAAUAAGAGAAUGGAAUAUUCAAGGGUUGCCAGCGGACAGUUUCAGCACUGAAAAUGGUAUAAUAGUCACACAAGGUAGUCGCUGGCCACUGGUCAUCGAUCCUCACUGCCAAGCUAUGAAGUGGAUUAAAGCUAUGGAGACCGGUAACAAAUUGUUCGUAGUCGACUUGAGGACACCCGGCUACAUGGGAAUAGUAGAACGAGCCGUCCAGUUUGGCAAUCCGGUACUCCUACAGAACAUCCUUGAAGAAAUGGACCCCUCCUUAGACCCGAUACUAGCUAAGGCAGUAGUAAAACAAGGCGGUGAAAACAUGAUCAUGCUAGGAGACAAACUGGUGUCGUACGAUGACAAUUUCCGGUUCUUUAUUACCACCAAAUUGACGAAUCCGCAUUAUCCGCCAGAAAUUUCGACAAGGACCACGAUGGUUAACAUGGCUGUAAAAGAGCAGGGACUGGAGGCUCAGUUGCUCGGAAUCGUUGUGAGAUUAGAAAAACCGCAACUGGAAGAACAGAAAGAUCUGCUUGUCACUACAAUUGCUAAAGGAAAAAGAACGCUGCUUGAUCUCGAAAGUGAGUUAUUAAGGCUGCUAAACGAAACUAGAGGAUCUUUAUUGGAAGACGCGGAACUGUUCAACACCUUGCAGGUCUCUAAAGCAACAUCCGAGGCAGUCAAAAAAAGCUUAGAGGUUUCCGAGACAACUGAAGUGGAAAUUGACCGUGCUAGAGAGGGGUAUCGACCUUGCGCGAAACGCGCAGCGAUUCUCUUCUUCGUAUUGAACGAUAUGGGUAGAAUUGAUCCCAUGUACCAAUUUUCUCUGGACGCGUACUUCCUCUUGUUCAUCAAUUCGAUAAAAAGGAGUCCGAAAUCCCCUACGUUAUACGAGAGAAUUACCGCUUUGAACGAUCACCAUACUUACGCUGUUUAUCAGAAUACAUGUAGAGCUCUUUUUGAACAUCACAAGUUGCUGUUUUCAUUCCACAUGUGUAUUAAAAUUUUGACCGCUCAAGGAAAGAUAGUGGCACCGGAAUACAACUUUUUAUUGAAAGGGGGAGUUGUUUUGGACAGAGAUAAUCAAAUCGAUAAUCCGUGUGCAGCGUGGCUAAGCGAACUUGCUUGGGAUAACAUAACAGAACUGGACAAGCUCCAAGGUUUUCAUGGAGUUAUUGACACGUUCGAGCAAUAUCCAAGGGAUUGGUAUAACUGGUAUAUCCAUACAGAACCGGAAACUCUACCACUCAUAGCUGACUGGGAAGGAGUAUGCAACGAGUUCCAGAAAAUGUUGUUCAUCCGAUCGCUGCGACAAGACAGAGUUCAAUUUUCCAUCAGCAACUUUAUCAUCAACCAGUUGGGUCCUCAGUUUGUGGAGCCUCCCGUGUUAGAUAUCAAAGCUGUCGUGGAGGAAUCCGUCCCGAUGACGCCUUUGAUUUUCGUGUUAUCUCCCGGUGUGGAUCCGACGGGAGCCCUCAUUCAACUGGCUGAACAUUAUAAAAUGGGAGGCAGGUUCCAGUCCAUCAGUUUGGGACAAGGCCAAGCACCCAUAGCUACAAAAUUGAUAGCGACUGGUGCAAAGGAAGGCCACUGGGUGUUCUUGGCAAAUUGCCACUUAUCACUAAGCUGGAUGCCAAAACUAGACAAGAUCAUUGAAUUGCUGCAAACUGGUAAAGUUCAUCCGAAAUGUAGGAUUUGGUUGAGCUCUAGCCCUCAUCCCGAAUUUCCGAUUUCUAUUCUCCAAGCUGGUAUCAAGAUGACCACCGAACCUCCAAAGGGGCUGAAAGCCAAUUUGAAAAGAUUAUACCAACUGAUCACUGAAGAACAGUUUACCGCUUGCCAAUAUCCGGAGAAGUACAAAAAGCUAUUAUUUGGGCUCUGCUUCUUCCAUGCAAUAUUGUUGGAGAGAAAGAAAUUUCAACAACUGGGUUGGAAUGUGAUAUACAGUUUCAACGAUUCCGACUUCCAGGUAUCAGAAAAUCUGUUGACAAUUUACCUGAACGAGUACGCAACGACCCCAUGGGAUGCUUUGAAGUACCUGAUCGCAGGCGUUAGUUACGGUGGCCAUGUGACCGAUGAUUGGGAUCGAAGACUACUCACCACUUACAUAAAUCAAUAUUUCUGUGAUGAUGCUUUGCAAAUACCUUAUUUCAGAUUAUCAAGCUUGUCGACAUACUAUAUACCAAGAGAUGGCUCGAUUCAAUCGUACUUCGACUACAUAACAUUACUACCCAACAUUGAUAGACCUGAAGCGUUUGGUCAACAUCCGAAUGCUGACAUUACCUCGUUGAUAUCUGAAUCAAGAAAUCUAUUUGAAACACUGAUGUCGCUGCAGAUACAGAGCACUGGAGCUGCAGCUGGAGACUCCAAAGAAGCUAAGGUGAUUGAGUUAGCCAGUGAUGUUCUUUCGAAGCUACCAGAAUGUAUUGAUUAUGAACAAACUGAUAAGCUCAUUGGACCACACAAAAUGCCUUUGGAUGUAGUAUUACUUCAAGAAAUUCAGAGAUAUGAUACACUGCUAGUAUCUAUAAGACAAUCUUUGGAAGAUCUUCAAAAAGGCAUUCAAGGCUUAGUAGUGAUGUCAAGCGAAUUGGAAGAAAUAUUUACCUGUAUCUAUGAGGGAAGAGUACCGUCAGCGUGGUUGAAUGCAUAUCCGUCGCUGAAACUUCUGGGUUCGUGGGCAAGAGACCUUUUAGCCAGGGUAGAGCAUUUCAGUACUUGGGCUGCUACCGUUCGAGCGCCGAUGCUUUUUUGGUUAGCUGCUUUUACUUUUCCUACUGGGUACCUCACAGCUGUUUUGCAGACGUCGGCUCGAGCGAACGACAUCCCGAUAGACGCGUUAGGAUGGGAGUUUACCGUUCUCACGGUGGAAGAACACACGAUUCAGGUGGCGCCCGAGAACGGAGUUUAUAUAAAACAUACAUAUCUUGAAGGUGCCAGUUGGGACAGGAAAAACGCCAUGCUGAUCGAACCUCAACCGAUGCAACUAUUCUGCGCGAUGCCCAUCAUUCAUUUCAAACCUGUCGAGCAGCUCAAGAAGAAGACCAGAGGUCUAUAUUCUUGUCCUUGUUACUAUUUUCCCAUACGGACUGGAUCUCAGAACAGACCUGCUUUCGUGGUCGCCGUAGAUCUGAAGAGUGGCCUGGAACCGGCUGAUUUCUGGAUAAAGCGUGGAACAGCGCUUUUAUUGAGUUUAGCUAGUUGAUAUAAUUUCAAUAUUUGUUGUUGUCUAUUGAUUGAUAUGCCAUGUACAUUGUCGAUAGCAUGAUUUGAAUUUAAUAAAUUGUUCAUAUUUAAAAAUGUUUGAG